CCUGUUUGUUGUGAGGACCACUCGUGCAGGGUGCUGGAGGGGACACCACAGGGUCCAUGGGUGCUCAGUGUCGCCCUCGCUGCCAGUUUGCAGAGCGUGCCCUUGGGCACUGUCAGUGAUCGCUCUCGGCUUGGGGGAAGGAAAUAAAAGUUUCCCCCCCAAAAUUUGGCUCAUGGCCAGCGUGAACUGCAAAGUGGCCGUCUCCUUGUUUAAGAGGACGCUGUGCCUGGGCCCGGCCCAAAAACCCGGCGGGCAGAGGGUGAUACUGACCGUCAACAGGCUGCAGGAGAGGGGGCUGAGGGAAGGCCGCGCCGUGCACAAGUGCUUCACCCCCCAGAUCCUGCCCGUCUGCAAACUUCACUCUGUUACUCUCCCCCAACAGGACUCCAUGAGCGACAGCCUGCGCACCUGCUACAAGUACCUGAACGAGACCAGCCGGAGCUUCGCCGCCGUCAUCCAGGCCCUGGACGGGGAUCUCCGACAUGCCGUGUGUAUCUUUUAUCUGGUUCUACGGGCUCUGGAUACUGUGGAGGACGACAUGACUAUCAGCCUGGAGACUAAAAUCCCCAUACUGCACAACUUCCACACCUACCUGUACCAGGCCGACUGGAAGUUUAUGGAUAGUAAGGAAAAGGAUCGCCAAGUUCUGGAGGACUUCCCCACGAUCUCCCUGGAGUUCCGGAGCCUGGCCGUGGUGUACCAGGAUGUGAUCGCAGAAAUCUGCCACAAGAUGGGGGUGGGCAUGGCGGAGUUCUUGGAGAAGAAGGUGGAAUCUCUCCUGGAGUGGGAUAAGUACUGUCACUACGUGGCCGGGUUAGUGGGGAUCGGUCUGUCCCGACUGUUCUCCGCCUCAGAAAUGGAAGACUCCAUUGUUGGUGAGGACACAAGACUCUCAAACUCCAUGGGCCUUUUCCUGCAAAAAACCAACAUCAUCCGAGAUUACCUGGAAGACCAGAUGGACGGAAGAGAAUUCUGGCCGAGAGAAGUGUGGAGCAAAUACGGCAAAAAGCUGUCGGACCUGGCCAAGCCGGAGAAAAUUGUGCCUGCCGUGCAGUGCUUGAAUGAACUGGUGACCCACGCGUUGCAGCACGUGCCCGAUGUCCUGCUCUACCUGUCCCGGCUGAGGAACCAGAGCGUAUUUAACUUCUGCGCCAUCCCGCAGGUCAUGGCCAUCUCCACACUGGCCGCCUGUUAUAACAACCAGCAAGUGUUCAAGGGAGUGGUGAAGAUCCGCAAGGGACAGGCAGUGACACUGAUGAUGGACGCCACCAACAUCCAGGCGGUCAGAGCCAUCAUGUACCAGUAUGCGAACGAGAUCUACCAGAAGAUCCCCCUGACGGACCCCUCCUCUGGACGCACCCAGAACAUUGUCUCAACCAUCCAGAAACUGAGUCUGUCCAGUGGCCCCCUGGAGUCCCGGCACGGCUUCUCCCCCAUCUAUCUGUCAUGUGCUAUGCUGUUGGCCGCCCUCAGCUGGCAGUACCUGAGCACGGUCCAGGCCUCAGAGGAGGUGCACACAGGCCAGUGACCAGGGGCACGAUAUCUUCAGACCGGAAAACUCAUCUACACAGCCCUUCAUAUGGUAGUAUCCCGUAAUGUGCCCCCUUAUCCCAGAGGAUUAUGGGACAGGAUAGUUCAGUUCGGACAAGAUCUUAGCACUUAAAGCACAUUUUGUCUGGCAUCGUUUGACUGGACUUGAUCUGGGGAGGGGGGUUUGGUUUAAACAAUACAAUUUCCCAUCAGCCACUUUGUUACAGUAUGUUUAUAACUGGACAUUAUUAAUGACUGGAUCGAUUGUGGGAUGACCCAUCGGGACUUGGUAAUUUGGAGAUUUAUGUCACCUAUAUAGUGAAGGAGUAGGAGUCACGUACUGGAGUG